UUCACGUUGUGCUGCAGUCCAUCUUACACUUCCAGAAGGGUAAAUCUUACUGAGUGAGCAGAGCUACAGCGUGACCUUUCAAGGGAGUGAACCAAGGCUGGAAGGACUCCGCUAUAACCUUGCUGCUAACUCGAGGUGUCAUGGCUGGACGUCGCUCGCUGCCCUGGACUGUCGCCCCGCUGCUCCUCCAGCUUUCCCUCAGUGUACACAGUGUGCAAGUUCACAUCUCCAACGAUGGGCCUGUGUACGUGAUCCCCGGGUCAACGCUGCUUCUCCGGGCCCGUGUCGAGUACGGACCCCUGGAGAAGCUCUCUGAAAUAACCUGGGAAAGGGAGGCUGAAUCGGGAUUGGGACCCGGGAAGGAGACACUGGCCACUUGUCCUGGAGCGGCCUCUGCUUGCUCGGGGACGAAACCAAAUGUCCAUGCAAGCAUACAGCAGCAGGAACUGACUCUGCAGAUCAGCAGCUACAGCGGCGAGGACGGCGGCGUCUACACGGUGUCAGUGAAGGACCAAACGGUAGCCACGACCACGGCUCACUGCAUCGUGAGAGAAUACGAAGAGGUGCACCACGUCACAGUCAGCCUCAACGUGACCCACUCCUGGCUGAUUUGCGGUGAAGCGUGGGGCACAGAGCCCCACUUCAGCUGGCUCCACGAGCGAGCGGCCGUCACCAAAACCGUGGGAGAGGUGUCCAAAGAUGGAAGCAUCCUGGUGGUCACCAUGGCUCCCAUGUGCGGUCACUUCACCUGCCUGGUCAGCAACAAGCGCGGCUACAGCUCUGCCACUUACACCGCAGGCCCUUGUGAGAAAGAAGGUGUUGGGAUGACUGCAGUCGUUGCGUGCCUGGUGGUGCUGGUGCUGCUGUUGGGGUCGGCCCUGGCCAUUGUGCUGUGGAGGAGGCAGAGACUCAGCAGCAGAGGAGAGCGAUUACACGAGCAUUUGGAUGACCCCAUCUGAGGAAAUAACUCCUGAAGUCCAAGAAGGAACUUGAUAUGACCAGAGAGCGAAUAAGAGAAGAGAACUACCGGCUGAAAACCAAAACAAAAUCAGGGAUGUUUACUCCACAAUUGUAACUACUGACUCACUAGCAGGAACACCGUUAUGUUAAAGAUGGAUUCAUUCUUCAAAUAAAAAGAACAAAAGCUCAUAUAAAUGUCUUUUGACAUGGAGCUCAGGUGAGACCUUGCGGUUGCAGUCGAAAUAUGAAAUCGCCUGUGACGGACUGGUCUGCUGAUACGUUAUCAUCUGCAGUGGAAACAUUAACAAUGACAGAACUCCCAUUACGAACUCGCUCACCUUCCACAAAGUUACGGCUGCGGAGGAAGUCAGAGCAAAGAGCCAGGAGUCAGGCGGAGGACAGCGGGAAAACUAUGAAACAGACGCAGCAGCAGGGAUUUUAGGAGUGGCUUUCCGAAAUGCAUCAAUCUGUUUCUUCGCUAAACGUAGCCAUAAUAUGACAAGGGAAUAUGAGAGUGCCCUUUUUGACAAAUGUGUUUGGUGGAGACGGAGAGGCCUGCCAAGUAUUAAGUGUAGGUAACAACAUGUAUGCAUCAGAAGUUUAAAAAAAAAAAAGACAGGCAAUGAAUUAUCUCUCUCAGGAGCACUUUCACUUGACAAACAGAAAGGAGGGCAGAAUAUUUUUCAGACGUCUGCCGUGCUGAGAUUGGUGCCAAAGUCUCAGUCUCAGUUACAAGCCCAUUAGCUGUGUGGCUGCUGUAUUGUUAGUCCAGCCUUUCCCCUCCUGCAUUCACGGCCUCCCAUCAGACUGGAGAGGAGAUGGACGAGCAUAAGAGGAACAUCCAUCAUCAGAGCAGGAAAUUAAAGCCGCCUCUGAAGCCGGACCAAGUCGCGCAUACAAGAGGUAAAUGGGUUACAAAACAAA